AUGUUGAAGGUCACCUCCAUUGGUCGCACUUACAAUGGCAUGUCAUUGACCACCCCUGCUGUUGCCAGCCUGUCCAACCUGGACAUUGUUUGCAACUUCAUUUGCAAUAGCCUUCUGACAGGUACCCCCUUUGAGGCCAUACUCCCCUCCUCGACAUCUUUCAUCAAGAUCAUUGACAUUCCCUACUUUGAUCUGACCAAUGGAGAGAAGAUCACCCAGGAGGCCCUUGAAAAGGCCCUCCUGUACCUCGUCUAUUGCAACAUCUGGGCAGUGGACCCUUCUGUGCACUCUGGUCAGGCCUUUAGUCUGUCAGUGUGUCGCGCUCUCCAGGAGUGGUUCGAAGCAGAUGACCUCCACUGCAUCACCUUUCUUUAUGUCCCAUCUGCUUUGCACUGGGAUAUUCAUGGCAAGGUGCACAAGUAUGUCACUGAGCUCAAAGUCAGAGUUGGACGUCGCAAGAUGGACAACUCUAUUGACGUGCUCCACUCCCAAGCUGCGCACUCAGUCCUGGAUUCGUGGAGUUCCACUUUCCAGGAUCCCACAUACCGAGGCUCUGACUUCUUAGAGCUUCAAUGGCCUGACGGGUGGCCAAUUCAGCCAUCGUACCUCAAUAGGGGACCUUGGCUUUCAUACUUCAGACACAGUAUCACUGAGUUCGCUCACAUUUACUGGUGCAUAACUGGCCACGCACCCAUUGGAGAGGUCUUUGCACUCCCCCAAGUAUCCCUAUAG